UUGCAUACCUCCUGAGGAGGAAGUCCAGAAAAACAGAGUCUGCCCAGGAAGAGCGAGAAAACUGUGAGAGGACCAACGAGGAGAUCUUACAUGGACUUUGCUGGACGAGGUUUUCGGCUGCUGUUGUUGAGACGUUUGCCCCCAGGGUUAUCAGCAAGACAUUAUGGGGGCUGUUAGAAGUGUCCUCGGGGUUGUAGGGAGCACACAAGUGACUGUGAAAGGAGAGGACUGACACACUCUCUGAGUGAGUCACCUCGGUUCACCAAACCAGACAAACCAGAUACCUGCUGAUGGAUUUUAGAGGGAAACCCUACCCUGAAGCCGCACAGACUGCUGACGAAUAGACGUCACUCACUCACUCACUCACUCACUCACUCACACAGAGAGAAAAAAACUCUCUCACACACAUGAGUGGGAGAGGGGAGAAGGAACAUGGAAGCACUGAGAGAGUCUUUUCUGCAUUUAACUUUUCAGAUGUCAUCGUAUAAGAGAGCCACGCUGGACGAGGAGGACCUGAUCGACUCCACCGGGGAUGACGUCUACCCUUCAUCACCUAUGCAGGUGAAUCUCCUGCACGGCCGAGGCCCCACAUGUUGGCCCCACAGGACGCAGAAUGAGAGCAGGCUGCUGUUUCUACUCUGUGUCGUGUCCACAGGCUUGUUCGUAUCUCUCAUCACCACAGGGGUCUUCUACAAACAGGCUCACCCGGGCCUGUGCCUCACAGAGCCGUGCAUCACUGUGGCCAGUGUGGUAAUGGGAGCUCUGGACCGGUCGGUGGACCCCUGCCACGACUUCUACAACUUUGCAUGCGGGGGUUGGGUGAAGAAGAACCCCCUUCCUGAGGGCAAAUCCCGCUGGGGAUCUUUCAGCAACCUCUGGGAGCACAACAUGAAUGUGAUGAAGCAUUUAUUAGAAAACACAACGAUGAAAGAUCUGAGUAAGGCUGAGGAGAAGGCCCAGCGAUACUAUCAGGCCUGCAUGAACGAAGCCAAAAUCGAGGAUUUAGGAGCUAAACCACUACAGGAACUCAUCAGCCAGUUAGGAGGAUGGGCCCUGACCGGUGCCUGGGACAAGGACAACUUCCAAGAAGUUUUGCGCAAAGUGUCCGCCAACUUUCACACUUCGCCUUUCUUCACCGUGUUUGUCAGCACCGACUCCAAAAACUCCAACAGUAACAUCAUCCAGGUGGAUCAGUCCAGUCUGGGACUACCUUCCCGGGAUUACUACCUCAACAAAACCGCCAAUGAAAAGUAUCUGACUGCAUACCUCCACUUCCUGACGGAGUUGGGGAUUCUCCUGGGAGGCACAGAGGAGACAUCUCAGACGCUCAUGGAGGAGAUCGUGGACUUUGAAACCACCCUGGCUAAUAUCACGGUCCCCCAGGAGGAGAGGCGAGACGAGGAGCUCAUCUACAACAAGAUGAAGGCCAAAGACCUAAAAACUCUGGUUCCUGCAGUGGAUUGGAUGCCGUACCUCACGGAUGUGUUUGCCCCCGUGCAGCUCAACGAGUCGGAGCCUGUGGUUGUUUAUGCCAAAACAUACCUCCAGAAAGUGUCUGACCUCAUCAGUAAAACAAAUAAAAGCCUCCUCAACAACUACAUGAUCAUGAAGGUGGUGAGGAAGAUGGUCUCCAUUUUGGACCAAAGGUUCCAGGAUGCUGAGCAGCGUUUUUUCGAGGUCAUGUCCGGAACAAAGAAGAGUUGCACUCCGCGCUGGAAGCUGUGCGUCAGCGACACAGACAGCGCCCUGGGCUUCGCUCUGGGAGCCAUGUUUGUCAAAGACACCUUUGCCGAGGACAGCAAGUCCAUCGUAAGGCCUUCUCCCUCCACAACAUCUGUUCCUGCUGUGUGCUGUGAUGGAGUGCGGUCUGAUUUUUUUUUUUUUUCUGUGUCUUUCUUGUCUCAGGCUGAAAACAUGGUCGGAGAUAUAAAAUCGGCGUUUGAGGACAGCAUAAAGUAUGUGAGCUGGAUGGACGCAGAGACAAAAAAAGCAGCCAAAGAAAAGGCAGAUGCAUUAUACAACAUGGUGGGAUAUCCAGAGUUUAUCAUGAACACCACAAAGCUGGACAAAGUGUACAAUGAUUUUGAGGUGGUGUCGGAGCAUUACUUCCAAAACGUCAUGCAGUACUACAACUUCUCAGGCAGAGUGACCGCAGACCAGCUGAGGAAAGCACCAAACAGAAACCAAUGGAGCAUGACACCCCCGACCGUGAACGCAUACUACAACCCAACCAAGAAUGAGAUGGUUCUGCCCGCAGGAAUCCUUCAGGCUCCGUUCUACAGCCGCUCCUGGCCAAAAGCUCUAAACUUCGGUGGCAUUGGUGUUGUAAUGGGACAUGAACUGACUCACGCGUUUGAUGACCAAGGGAGGGAAUACGACAAGGAUGGAAACCUGCGGCCCUGGUGGAAGAACUCAUCUGUGGAGGCAUUCAAGAAGCAGACGCAGUGCAUGGUGGAGCAGUACGGAAACUACAGCAUCAACCAGGAGCCUCUGAACGGACGACAAACUCUGGGGGAGAACAUCGCCGACAACGGAGGACUCAAGGCCGCCUACAAGGCUUAUGCGAACUGGAUCAAAAACAACGGCGAGGAGGCCGCACUGCCUGCACUAGGAAUGACAAACCAUCAGCUGUUUUUUGUAGGAUUUGCACAGGUCUGGUGCUCUGUCAGGACUCCUGAAAGCUCACACGAAGGUGUUAUCACGGAUCCUCACAGUCCGUCAAGAUUCAGAGUCAUCGGCACGAUUUCAAACUCCCGGGAAUUCUCGAAGCACUUUGGCUGCAGUGCAGAUGCUCCCAUGAACCCGAAACAUAAGUGCGACCUUUGGUGAUGACUUGUUUGUUCGAUGCUGUUCAUCAACAAAAAGUGAGACGAACCUUUUAAGGAAUAUGGCCUGGAGGCUGACGAAGUACAGGAAGAACCACUGAACUCCUGCUGCUUUACCACUUAAUGCUUACCUGGCUCCUCUCUAACAGGAUAAACUGUUCCUGUUCUGCAUGGAGGAUCCAAUCUUCAGGGCUUUUCCACAACGACUGUUUAGACGCUUUGCCCAACUUCUAAACUGUAGAAAUGAAAUGUGCUUUUUGAACACUGAAAACCCAACAAAUGGUUACAGGAAUGGGAUGGGGGAGGGGAGAGGUACACUCUUAAAAUGUGUUCUGCUUUGUCACAUAAAGUCAUGGACAGGCAAGGGGACAUUUUGUUGGACUCUUUCUCAGGCUUGCAUCUGCUCCACUUUAAUUGUGUUUUAUUUAUGCUCACAAUUUUUUAUAAAAUAACACAACAGGGACCUGUUUAACCUGAUGGAAGAUUUAAUACUCAUCUAUCUGAACUAUUUUAAAGCAGUUAAAUCAAAACAACAGUUUGUCAAUAUUUCAGAACAGUUUUGUGAACAGUCUUAAACUGUAUUUUUUUUAAUUUUUUUUUAAUACAUUCUGAUGUUGCCUUGUUUAUGUUUUUACUUGUGUAAUGAGUGUAAGGUGUAAUAAGCAAUGUCCUAUGCAGACACAAACGACAGAAACAGAAUGAAGGAAUUAAGACGUCCACAGCAAUAUUUAAGGUUCAACUUGUUUUUAUUUUUUUUAUUUGAGAACUGAGUCUUAGAGGCUAAGCUGUUGUGCCAUACUUGUUUUUAUGAGUAAGAGUUUGUCACAAAUUAUUUUGUAUAGUAAAACCGAUCUUAAAACAU